GCAGACUACACAUGACCCCUUGACCUGGUUGCCAGGGAGCGAGUGGGACUAUGGCGACUGGUGCAGCGACUGGCGAGGGACAGCUCCAGAGGAUUAUCAGAGAUCUGCAUGUGGCUUUCCCUCAGAGGGGCCCUGUCCUGGCCGGCUGGGUGAAGAGACACUGUCCUCGUCCUGGGACGGUCAGCAAAGAGGAGUUGGGACAUGCAGCCUGAGGCAGAGACACGACUCACAGUUCGGCCUUUGGUGGCGUCUUUCCAGUUCCUGAGAUGGAUAAGAGAUGCUGUGGCAGAGAUAACCAAAGAGUACAAGGAGAAUGGAGAGCCAGUCACAGAUGACAGCUCUAACCUACAUAAGUUCUCCUACAAACUGGAGUACCUGCUACAGUUUGAUCAGAAGGAGAAGACUACAUUUCUGGGUACAAGGAAAGAUUACUGGGAUUACUUUAAUGACUGCCUGGCCAAAAUCAAGGGAGCCAAUGAUGGCAUUCGCUUUGUCAAGUCUAUUCCUGAGCUGAAGACGUCGCUGGGGAAAGGCCGAGCAUUUAUCCGUUACUCUCUGGUACACCAGCGGCUAGCGGACACUCUUCAGCAGUGCCUCCUGAAUUCGAGGACCACCAGUGACUGGUAUUAUGCUCGGAGUCCCUUCCUAAAGCCUCAUCUAAGUGUGGACAUUAUUAAUUAUCUCUACGAGCUCAAUGAGGUCCAGUUUGAUCUGGCAUCCCGAGGUCAUGACCUUGAUUCAGCGUGGCCCACGUUUGCAAGGAGGACUCUAGGACUGACUAACUCUCCCAGUCACAUGUGGAAACCACCCAGCCGCAGCUCCAGCGUUAACAGCCUGGCCAGCACAUAUUCACAGCAACCCCCCGAGUUACCCUGUAGUCCAGACUUAGGGCCAAGUCUGUUGGCUGACCUUACCGAGCCAUUGUCCGACUCUACCAGCAGCGCCGUGGAUGAGUUGCGUCUAGAGUUGGAUCAGUCAGAAUUGAAGCAGCGAGAGCUUGUCGAGCGAAUCCAGCAGCUUGGUGGAGAGGCCACGGAGCUCCGUGAAGUGGUGACCGAACUCCAGAGGCAGCUGGACAUCUCGUUAGCAGCACAGGCUAACCACCAGGAGCUCCAGCUCAAACUGGACGCGCUGAGCGAGAGGGAGCGGAGCCUGGCCCAAGAGCUGGAUGUCCUGAGGGGACGCGAGAGCAUCAGAGAGGCAGCGCAUCAGGAACUUCAGGGUAAACUGGUCUCUGCAGAGAGGAAGAAUGAGGAGUUGAUAGCUAAAUUGGAUGGGGUGCUUGAGGAAAAAGGGCAAAGGGCAGCCAGCCACUUUGACUCAGCCCAGAAGAUCCACGAGCUGCUGGAUGGACUGAAGGAAGCAGAGAAAGGGAGGAUAGAUGCGCUAGCUGAUGGAGAGGAGAAGAGGAUGCAGGCUGAACGCCUGGCAGAGGAGCUGAGAAUGAAAGAGCAAGCCCUGAAGGAUGGAGAGACAAAAAUAUUGGCUUUAACAGAAAAGGGUGAAAAACUGAAGAAACGGGCAGAAGACCAACGUAAUGCAGUGGAUAAACUCCAGGGAGCGCUGGCAGUGAGAGAAAAGGAGGCCAGCAACCUCCAGAAACAGCUGCAAGACCUUCAGUGCUCACUGGAGACAAUGGAGGAGCAGACUGCAGAGGAAAAGAAGAGGUCCCUUGAGGAGAGAGAAGAGCUGCAAAAGAAGUUGAGCUCUCUAAAAGAAACUCUGGAAGGGAAGCUUCAAAGCUUAACAGCGCAGAUCAGGACAAAAGAGACUGAACUUCUCUCAAGUGCCAAGAGGAUCAAACACCUGGAGGCUGAAACUGAGCGGCUGAGAGGAGAGAGGCAGAGCCUGAGUGGGAAUGUAAUAGAACUUGAGUCCAGUACCAAAGAUCAGGCCAAAAAGAUUGAUGACUACAAGGUGCAGUGCAACCAGCUUGUGGAGGUGAACAGCAAGCUUCUACAAACGGUCAAGAGGAAUGAGGAGACCAGGAAGGAGCUGGCAGAAAGUAAGGCUGCAUUAGAGAUUGAGAUGACUGGGCUGAGAGCAUCUGAAAAGCAGCUCAGAGGGCAGCUCAGUGAUGCUAAAGUGACAGUAGACGAGCGGGAACAGCGGAUGCGAGAGGAGAACCGUGAGCUGGACGAGAAGCUUCAAAAAACAAAGUUGCAGGCCGAGGAGUCCCAGGGCUUAGUCCGCAAGUUAGAGCAGGAGAACAGGGACCUCAGAGAGGAGCAUGGCACUGUCAAAGUUGCUCUCACGGCCAUGCAGGAUGAGCUGCGCAAUAUCAAUGGCCAGAUUGCCGAUCUAGAGAAAAGCCUUGGGGCGUCAAGACGCAACGAAGCAAAUCUCUCCUUGCAGCUGAAGGACCGAGACUCUCAACUGGAAGAUCGAGAGAGGCUGUGUGAGCAACUCCAGGCAAGAGUGGAAGAGCUGGAAGUAAGGGAGAAAGAACUAGAGGCUGGAAAGACUGAGGCAGAGAGAGCCUUUGUGAGACAGAAGGAGAUGAUGGAUAGCCUGGAGGUGCAGAGGAAAGCAGUGGAGAAGGCUCAGAAAGAGACAAGUGCCUGUCAAACAAAGGAAGCCCAAGAAAUGGCUUCAAAAGUUGCUGUAUUAGAGGAACAGUUAGGGCUGAAUGUGAAAGAGGUGUCUAGGCUCCAGGAGGAGUUGGUGGACAUGAAGGCCAAAUUGCACAGUGCCAUAGAAGAGAAGUUAAAAGUCCAGGCCAGGCUGGAAGUCAAAGAGGCAUCUUGUGAAGAGCUACAGACCCUGACGGAAGGACUCAAGAAACAAGUCGAGGAGCAGAAUCGAGCCCAUGUGAGUGAACUAAUGCAGUCAAAGGAACAUGUAGCAGAGAUAUCAUCUCAACUGAACACGGAAAGAUCUACGCGGACUAAAUUAGAGGCCGACUUAGCCAGAGUCCAUAAAGAGGUAUCUGAGCUCAAGACCCAGAAUGAGAGACUGGUGCUGGAAAGUGCAGAGACCAAAGAAGGACUCCACAGGGCUAAUACAGAGAUGGCGGAGCUGGGAAUGACUAUCUGCCGGCUGACUGCAGAGCGAGAGGAGGCUCGGGAGCACUGGUCGGCUGAGGCCACUCGAAUCCAGGAGCUGGAGGAGCAGGGUGAGCGAGAGACGGACCGGCUGAAUGCCAGCAUGGCAGCACUGCGACAGGAGAAUGCCAGCCUCCAAGAGGAGCUCCAGCAGAUGGAGAAGCUUCCAGAGACGGUGUUGGAGCUGAAGGAACUGCUGGACAAAGCUGAGAGUGAAAGGGAGGCAGCACGGGAGGAGACAACAGCUGUGAAGUUUCAGAUGAGCACAGAAAACAUGGCACACCAGAGCCAAGUGAAGAGUUUGAAUGAAGAGCUUGAGAGCUUAAAAGCGCAGCUGACGACGGAAAAAGUGAGGAUGUCUGGCCUGGACGCCAAAGUUUCAGAUUUAGAGGGAGUGAAUUCAGACUUCUCUCGUCUGAUGGAGGAGAAAGAUUCUCACAUCACUGAGGUCGAGAGCCUGAUACGGCAGCGGGAGAAUGAAAUACAGGAGCUGAGAGACAGUGUGGCAAGGGCUGAGGAGGCUCUAGGAGUGGUGCAGAAGGAGCAGGAGGAGCUGAGGGAGAAUCUGGACAAGGUUCUGUCUGAGGCUCAGGCCCAGCAGCUCAAAAUGACUGCAGAGAUCGACGACCUCAGCCACACCAAGAGCACUCUGGAGGAGCGGCUGAUUGAGCUCAUCAAGGAUAAAGAUGCUCUGUGGCAGAAGUCAGACGCUCUGGAGUUCGAGCAGAAGCUGAGGGCUGAGGAGCAGUGGUGGCUGCUCGACAAAGAGGCCACACACUGUCUUGGUUGCCAGAGCCAGUUCACUUGGUGGCUCCGCAGGCAUCACUGCAGGUUGUGUGGACGGAUUUUCUGCUACUACUGCAGUAAUAAUUUUGUAAUGACGAAGUACGGGGGGAAGAAGGAGCGCUGCUGCAGAGAGUGUUACACACAGCACAGCGCCGUAGUGGAGAGAUUCACCCGUGCUGAACUCAACAGCCCACAAGAACCUCCAGCACCACCAGGACACUCACACACGGCCAGCCCACCGCCACCAUAUAAACCCACACCCAGAGUUACAGUGACUGAAGAGAAUGCAAAGCAGGAAGAUGGAGCAUUCGACAUCAUCACUGAGGAGGAGGUGAACGGACUGUAUGACAGUGACUCACUCUCUCAGACCACCGCAGGAUCACAGGAGGGAGAGACUGAGGGCAGACCCACUAGGGACCUGAGCACCCUCGGUGACAUGACUGCUGAGGAACAGGAGGAGCUGCCCUCGACAGUUCAAGACACUGAAAUUAACCUCCUCAAAUCUGGAGAAAUCACCUCCACUGUGCUACUGCACAUCGACGAGAUCUCCCAGUUUGGUGACGGUUCACGCGAGCUUUUCGUCAAGUCCAGUUGCUACAGUGUCAUCUCCGUUACCGUUGGCGACCACAGCCCCACUGUCGGCUGGGUCUUCUCUUCCGAGCCAAAGAGCAUCUCCUUUAGUGUCGUCUACAGAGAAUCAAUCAACACGCCUGUGGAGCAGGCCAAGGUUCUGAUCCCCCUGACUCGCUGUAACGCACACAAAGAAACCAUUCAGGGUCAGCUGAAAGCCAGGAACCCUGGAGUCUACUCACUCAUCUUCGACAAUUCCUUCUCCAGGUUUAUCUCCAAGAAAGUCAACUACCACUUGACCACGGAGAAGCCAGUCAUCUAUGAUGGAAGUGACUGCCCAUAGACACUGAAGAUUAUUUGGAGGAAGGUGUUUUGUUAAAUGUUGUCAUUUAUUUUCUUUUGCUCCACUUUUAAUGCUUUUUAUCCCAAACUGUCCCCAUGUGCCAAGUGUUUUAUGCUCCAGUGGGUUUUAUAUAUUAUCUGUAUUUUAGCGCUUCAGAAUUAAGAAUGGCCAUAUAUGUUCUCAGUAAUGGCUCUCUGGCUAUUACUGAACUACAUGAAAGGCAUAUUAUACAGUCUUAUUCUAUGCAAGUACUUUUUUCUUUCAUUUUCUUAACAUUUUUUAAGGAUACAGUAUCUCAGAAGUGGUUUUAUAUGCAAAUACACACUACAGAAUGCUGAAUAUGUGUCGCAUCAGUACUUAGGAAUUGCUGCUAUUGCAAGCGCACAUUUCUAGCUCUUUUCAAAAGAACCUCUAUGAAGUACACUACAACCAAGCAUUUUAAUACAUUUUGUCAAUUUUUUUAAACUGCAGCUUCAAAUGUAACUAUUUGCUAAAUGAAACACAAUCGUGUUUUUCUUUUGACGAGACUCAAAAGCCUGAGUCAAGCAGAGAUGGCCCCCUUUUUACCAAAGGUAUGAACACUGUCACAGUCAGGGGUACAGCACAAUGUAUAAGUGGGUAUAAGAGCUAAUAUCAAGUAGUCAAGUUUCAGUGUUCAGCAGUACAGAGACCUACCAAUUACCUCAUUCAUAGCUGUCCUGUUGUGAAUUUGAUGAGGCAUAACUGACAAAAACGCAUCAGUGUCAAGUGGCCUUCCAGAAUGAGUUGAUUUCACUAAAAAUGAGCAUAAUGUACCAAGCCUACAUUUAACAGUGCUAAUUUACUGAAAACAAGAGAAAUGUCUUCUACUAAUUGUCCUUCAGAUAGAUGAGGAAGUAAAUGAAGCUCUCAAUGUUGCACUUAAACUUGAUGUUUUGUUGACUAUAAAACACUGAUGUCAUAUAAUUAUCUCUCUCAUUUGGGAAAUUGUUGACUAAUACUGGAGUUUUAGCAUGGUCCUAUUUAUGGUUUCUUUAUUAUUCCAUAUUGAUUUUAGUUGUAUUUAACACUUUUUUUCUAGUUCUUUUGUGUUUGUUGUACUGAAUUGCAUCAGGUUUGCAGUACUCAGCUCUGUAGAUUUUAGUUUAGGUUGUAACUCUGUUUUUUUUUCCCUUUCCAGUUGUCCAUUAUAAAAACCAACAGGACACAGAAUAACUCAUGCCAUUUACUCUUUGCCUAUUCAGGCCUGAAUGAUUGCUCUUUACGCAGUGAUAAUACAAAAUGGCUAAAUCGAAUGCUGCUGCUUUUAGACAAGUAUGUUCAUGCAAUCAGCAGAACAUGCCUCCGUUUUGUUUUUGAAUCAUGGACGGACAUGAUUAUGUGCAAUUUUUUGCUCAAGCGUUGCACUUUGUUCAGUAAAAAAUGAUUUUGAGAAAUAUUUUUAGACAGAAUGCAAUAAGACUUUUCUAAGAGACUUGUUUAGGUCGUUUUCUGUGAAUUGUUGAAUAAGUCAGAGGUUACUGAUGUUGGAGUCUGUGCAAUCCCUAUGUAGUGACACAUGUUCUUUUGUAAACAUGUACAUUUUGAAUAAUGUAAUAAAAUCUCAUAUUCUGCCUC